UGCAGAGAAGAACAGGCGGAGUUACCUUCACACACAGUUGUAUGCAAGAGUGCAGUCACCGUGUGCGGACCGAGGGACACACAGAGAGCAAAAAAAAAAAAAAAAAAAACGGCGCUAAACGGGCUGAACAUGAGUCGUCGGACCUCAGACUGUGUGAGUUGAAAACUGGUCCCAGUACCGAACUGAAGCCCCCGGUAGCGCCUCUCCGGCUCCUGAUGGGAGGUUAUUAUGCCCGGGGUAAGCGUGUCCGUGCGAAGUUUGUCUGAAGUGGAGAAAUACCUCAGCAGCCGGAUGGACCGGAACACAGAGGCCGCAUUCCUCAGCCUGCCUCUAUCGAUGCGUCGGGGUUCUUCGGACAACAACCUGGAUCUGGACCUCAACGACGGGAGCCCCCGCCAGGCUCUCGUCUCGGAGGUCCACCGGAGUCGCUCCUGCCUGGACAACCUCCAGCAGAAGAUCCUGAAAGUCACGGAGCAGCUGAAGAUCGAGCAGGCCGCCAGAGACGAGAACGUGAUGGAGUAUCUAAAGCUGGUGAACAGCGUGGAUAAGCAGCAGCUGGGGCGCAUCAAGCAGGUGUUCGAGAAGAAGAACAACAAGUCGUCACAGAACAUUGCGCAGAUGCAGAAGAAGCUGGAGCAGUACCAUCGAAAGAUGAAGGACAGCGAGGUCCUUCAAAGCUCGCCGCCCCGGCCGCCUUUGGCCAAACGCAGCACCAUACCCAGGGAGUCACCUCGACAGCUGAGGGACAUGACCAGCAGCGGGCGCCACCCGACCAUGGACAAGAUCAAAACCAUCGGGCCCGGCGUUUCUCUCUCCCCUCCUUUCUUCUUCAGCAAGCCCAGGGAGUUUGCCAACCUCAUCCGGAACAAGUUUGGCAGCGCAGAUAACAUUGCUCAGCUCAAAAGCAACCUGGAUGCAUCGUCCGACGUAGCGGGGAAGGGACUGAGCAGCAGCACGUCUUUGGUGAGCAAGGCCAAGUAUCCCAGCGACGAUGAAUGCUCCUCGAUUUCAGCAGACAGCAACGGGAACCUCGGUGUGGGUGGAGCCGUGGUGGGGCAGGGGCAGCUGCCGGGGGGAGACGGCCAGGGCAUCUUGGAGCUGUGCUACGAGGAGGUGAGAGAGAUGAGAGAGGUCCAGGGCCAGCUGGAGGAAGAGAUGGACGAAAUUAAAGAGCAGUUCAAGAGGGAGUACGGUAUUCUGAGCCAAACACUACAAGAGGAGAGGUAUAGGUAUGAGCAUCUGGAGGAUCAGCUGAAUGACCUGACAGAACUUCAUCAAAACGAGAUGGCAAAUCUGAAGCAGGAGCUGGCCAGCAUAGAGGAGCGGGUGGCCUACCAGGCCCAGGAAAGAGCCCGGGACAUACAGAACGUCACCCAAAGCAACCACAAGCAAACUGAGGAGCCUUUUGACUGGCAGCAUCUCUCCCUGUGUGCCUCAGGAAGCCCUGGAGUCGUGUCAGACUCGCGUCUCCAAGCUGGAGCUGCAGCAGCAGCACCAGCAGCAAACGGUGCAGCUCGAGAGCCCGGACGCUCGGGUCUUACUGGGGAAGAGCAUUAACAUCAUGCUGGCCAUCAUCACCGUCAUCCUGGUGUGCGUCUCCACCGCUGCCAAGUUCGCCGCUCCGCUGAUGAAGAGCCGGUAUCACAUGGUUGCGACGCUGCUGGGCGUGUGCUUCCUGACCGUAUUCUGGAAGAACUGGGACCGUUUACAGUAUGCCAUAGACAGACUGCUGGUGGCCGAUUAACAACGAGGAGAUCACUCUGAAACUAUGAUUAACUUAAUCACCUUUAGUUGCAAUAGGCGUCUAAGAAGAUUGGUUGUACAAUCGUCUUAGACACGAUCGCCGUCAUAUUUAGAGGUUUUGCGUUUUUAAAUUGAAUUUCUUUUUUUCUUUGUUUGAAUGGAAUUUGAAUGUGUUUAACUCUGCUAAACUAUAAAAAAAAAUACUAUUUUUAUGUUUCAGUCAAUUUUGCUACUUUCUCAUUGAGAUUUUCACAUAAUAUUUUGUGUCAAAGCCAGAAUUAAACAAGGUGAGAAAGUUGGUUUACUGAAGAAAAAUACAGCCCAUUCCGUCCCAUUUUGUUGCAGCCGGAUUAUGAAGCAACAUGAUUGGAAACACACUCAGGAACAAGACGUUACUAAUACUAAUAGUCACUUUUUGGUCUAAAAGAGUGGUUGGGCACCUUAAAAUUACUCUUCCUUUGUUUUUGGUAAGUUCUUAGCUUAGCAUUAAGACACCAGCAAAUUGCUAAGCUAAGGAUCUCAAAACUCACAAACUAGAUUCUACCCCAAAUUGUAAACUAGAACCAAAAGCACUCUAUUUUUAGAGGUUUGUUUUGAAAAUACUUUAAAAAUACACCUUUCUGCUUUCUCUCAACUGCUAACACACUGCUUACUUUGGCAGCAAGUAAGACUAACUUUGCAUCACGUAAGUCAUGGUUUGCUAUUUUGAUCACGUCAAUUAAGACAAAAAUGCUCCCUAAAAGGUACAAACUACUGAUGGGUUUGGUUUCCAGACAUGUCUAAUAUUCACUUGCCUCUGAUUCUCUGUGCAGGUGAGCAGUUAGCUGAGUUUAGCAAUGAAUAAGCAACAAAUUGCUAAGCUAAGCUUCUAAUUUGACUGUUACAUAUGAGGUGUUUUAAAAAAUAUGGAAAAAGUCUGAAUUUUAGAAAUUUUGAAUAGUGUUAGGCUAGAAGCUUUCACCUAUUUUAAAUAUUUGUUAGAUAAGCAAUUAGACUUCUGUCUUUGAACAUUUUGAAAUAAGCUGUUUAGAGGAGGAAGAGAUCAUUUGUAAUUUAUUUUUGUCCAAAAACAAAAUUGGAAACUUGCACAAAUACACCUACUGGUACCUGGUUCCUUCUUGCUGGUGACCUACAUGUAGCUUAGUAUCAAAUUUGAAACACAUUUGCUGAACUAGCUAAGCUAGACAAACACACUGAGAUCCUCAAACGAGUUGUUCAAAUUCAGCAAGCCAACAUCAGAAACUAUUGUUUGCCAACACGUUUAAAAUACACUUACUUGCUUGUUAGCUUGUGCUAAUGGCUAUUUAGCUAAGUUCUGCCAACAAAACGCCAUCAAAUUACUAAGCUAACCUCAUUUGACAGCCUUCAAAAGACAUGUUCUCCAAAAUAUGUAAAGUAGAAGCAGAGGCUCUCAAUUUUGAAGUUUGAUUUGCAGAUUUUGUUGCGUUUGGACAGAACUGUGUCAGCAGCUUGCUUUUCACCGUAUGUGUGAGCUACGCUGUCAGACUGCCGUAUUCCCAAAUAUCGAACUAUUCUACUUGAGGGAGAAGCUACAGACUAAAGCUAAUACGUCUGGGCAUCAUUCUUAAGUCUCUGUUACCAUUUGCAUUGUGUUCAUCUGUCUCAUUUAACUGUUGCUGUUUAAUGUGCAAUAUAUUUGAUUUCUUGGAGCACUGUUUUUCUUUUCCCUUUUUAAAAAAAAUAAUUCUCAAAGGAGUGGGCGUUUUACAUCACUGAUUUACAGCAGUGACAGGGGUUUAUUGCUGAAGAAACCUGUAAAGAAGUUGUCAUCAAUGCUGACCUGAGAGAUCCAUAAACUUCUAACCCACUGCUGGACUCUGAUAAAACCAGCUGUCUCCUCUCUUAAAGGCCAAAAAUCAAUGGAGCUGCAUUAUCUUGCUGGUAGCCUGGUAACAACAACACAGCAGUACUCCAGUGGAGCCACACAAAUGCACAAAAAGGCACAAACCCACAUCUUGUUGCUUGGUUUUCUAUGUUACAAAAGUCUUAAGGGCUUACCCAGUUUCAUUACUCUGUUUUCUAAUAAUGUGAUGUGGAGCGGGUGGAUUAUACUGUGAGAUAGGGCUUUUUUUUCUUACAACUAAGGGCAGUUCCUUUUAAUAAACCGCCUUGGGUUUCAGAGGAAAACGUCACUGUGUUUUGGGAUUAACUACAAGCCAAUGUUUUUGGAAUCACUAAUGUAAUAUUUUAUGUUUAUCUUAUGAGCAUCGUCUAGAAGGACAGCACAUAAAUGUAUAAGGACCACUGAUGAUGUUUCGAAAUCCGUAGUUGCACAGUUUUUGUCACGGUUUUGUUGCACCUUUUUUAUAGAUUAAAUUUGUUUGUUUUUUUGUUUGUUUGUUUGUUUGUUUUUUGACUCAUUUGAGGAAGUUUCUCCAUGCAGAGCUAUGAUCUCGUUUACAUUCUGUAUUUUUUCUCUGGUGCACUGUGGUCAAUCAGUUGUAUGUUUAUGCAUUCUGUGCCUUUGUCUGAUCAUUUCUGUCAAAUUAAACAAACCUUUUUAAUCAACAUGUUA